UUAUCUUCGCCAUUUCACCACUGCUUGCAUUCUUUCUUACUGUUUAAAUAAUAAAAACAUGAGUCUAACGCGUCACUUUUUAAAUUGCAGGCGUAAUUUAAUAAAUAUUUACAGCAGUAGCUUUAGUACAAGUGCAAUUAAUUUACAAGCUGUGCAACAGGCGACUGGAACUAAGCGAAUUUGCAUUGUGGGCGCUGGUCCCGCCGGUUUCUAUGCGGCACAAUAUUUAUUAAAACAGCUGAGCGAUUGUGCCGUGGACAUUGUUGAGAAACUGCCGGUGCCCUUUGGAUUGGUGCGCUUUGGAGUUGCGCCCGAUCAUCCGGAGGUGAAGAAUGUCAUCAAUACGUUUACAAAGACAGCGGAGAAUCCGCGCUUACGUUUUUUCGGCAACGUAACGCUUGGCACUGACGUAACGCUUCAGGAAUUGAGAGAACGUUAUCACGCCGUCCUGCUCACCUAUGGAGCCGAUCAGGAUCGCGAGCUGCAACUGGAGAAUGAGGAACAGGCGCAUGUGUUAUCGGCCCGUCAGUUUGUCGCCUGGUACAAUGGAUUACCCGGAGCGGAGCAACUGCAGCCGGAUCUGAAUGGCAGAGACGUGACAAUUGUGGGUCAAGGUAACGUCGCCGUCGACGUGGCUCGAAUGCUGCUGACUCCAAUUGACAGCCUAAAGCUCACAGAUACCACGGACUAUGCACUCCAGGCUUUGGCGGAGAGUAAAGUGGAGCGUGUCCACUUGGUAGGACGUCGAGGUCCUUUACAGGCUGCCUUCACCAUUAAGGAACUGCGCGAGAUGCUGAAAUUGCCAAAUGUGGAGACUUGCUGGCGACCCCAAGAUUUUACGGGCAUUGAGGCACAGGUUGGCAAGUUACAGAGGCCACGCAAGCGACUCACGGAGCUGAUGCUGAAGAGUAUUGGGGAACAGAGCAGCCGUAAAGUGGGAAUAUCGAAUAACAAGCAGUUUCUACCCAUUUUUCUGCGUGCUCCCAAGUCCAUUGGCCAGCGGCAAAUGGAAUUUUCCAUUACAAAACUAAGAGAAAAUGCAGCGGUGGUCACUGAGGAAACGGAAAGUCUGCCCUCCGAUCUGAUCCUGCGUAGCAUUGGCUACAAAUCGAGUUGUGCCGAUGCUGGCAUUAAUUUUGAUACGCAACGCGGACAUGUGUGCAAUCAGCAGGGGCGUGUCCUGAAGGAUAACAAGGCACAGCUGACAGAGCCGGAGCCGGGACUCUAUGUGGCUGGCUGGUUGGCAACUGGGCCAACAGGUGUUAUUCUGACCACCAUGAAUGUGGCCUUCUCUGUGGCCAAAACCAUUUGCGAUGACAUGGCGGCCAAUGUUAUUGACACCACUUCAGUUAAACCUGGACUCGCACCGGACAACAGACGUAUUGUCACCUGGGAAGGUUGGCAGCGCAUUGACAAACACGAAACGGAAGCGGGAAAACCGAUGGGAAAACCCCGUGAGAAAAUUGUCAGUAUUCCGGAACUGUUGCGAAUCGCUGGUGUCUGAAUACAUUUAGUUUACAUAUGUUAACGACAUUUAGUUUACAUAUGUUAA